AUGCUUGAUCUCAAAGUUUUAGACAUCCCAGCUGUGAUCUUUGACAAUGGGUCUGGAUUAUGCAAAGCUGGCAUUGCUGGGAACAAUUCUCCACGGUCAGUUAUCACGGCAAUAGUUGGCCGCUCGAGAGCCAAAGCCACCAUGCUUGGAGCUGGCCAGAAAGAAUUUUACAUUGGAGAAGCUGCCCAGUCCAAAAGGGGGGUAUUAUCAUUGAAUUAUCCAAUUCACCACGGCAUAGUGACAUCCUGGGAUGACAUGGAGAGAAUAUGGAGGCAUGUCUAUGACUGUGAACUGAGGAUCAAACCCAGUGAUAGGCCAGUACUCCUGACUGAAGCCCCCCUGAAUCCCCUUCGGAAUCGGGAGAGAAUGACGGAGAUCAUGUUUGAAAGUUUCAAGGUACCAGCAAUGUAUGUUGCAGUCCAGGCCACGUUGGCUCUGUACGCCUCAGCACGUACCACAGGGAUAGUUAUGGACAGCGGGGAUGGUGUUACUCACACGGUCCCUAUCUACGAAGGCUACUGUUUGCCACACGCUGUCUCCAGGUUGGACAUUGCCGGUAGAGAUAUCACUGAAUACUUCAUGCGGCUCCUUCUAGAGAGCGGCCAUUCUUUCGUCAGCACAGCCGAGAGAGAAAUUGUGAAAGAUAUCAAAGAGAAGCUCUGCUAUGUGGCUUUAGACCCCGUCCAAGAAAUGAGAGCCAAAAUGAAUGAACUCCUGAGUGAGUAUAAACUGCCUGACGGCAACGUCAUUAAGAUAGGCAGUCAACUCUUCCGAGCCCCUGAGGCCCUUUUCGUACCCGCUAACAUUGGUGUCGAAGCACCCGGUGUCCACAAAAUGAUCUUCAACAGUAUUAUGAAAUGUGAUAUUGAUGUCCGCAGAGAUCUUUAUGGAAACAUUCUGCUGUCUGGUGGAUCGACUUUGUUCCCAGGAUUGGAUGAGCGUAUCAUGAAGGAAAUGCAGCUCCAGGUGCCGACCGGGAUAUCAGUAAGGAUCAUAGCUCCGCCGGAGAGGAAGUUCUGUGUAUGGAUCGGGGCCUCCAUUCUAAGUUGCUUGAAGUCUUUCAAACAAAUGUGGGUCACUGUUGACGAUUACAAAGAUUUUGGCCCAGGUGUGGUUCACCGAAAAUCAGGAGGACUGAAGGCUAAAGCCUUCAAUGUACCAGCCGUGAUUAUUGACAAUGGAUCUGGGCAGUGCAAAGCUGGGAUUUCGGGAGAAGUUGGCCCAAGACAAAACAUUCCUUCAGUCCUUGGCUGCCCCAAAACCAAAGUUAUAUUAUCCAAAGACAAACAGAGGGAAUGUUAUGUCGGAAAGGAGGCCCAGGAUUGGCGAGAAGGAUUGUCGCUGCGAUACCCGAUAGAUUGUGGAAUUAUUACUUCGUGGGAUGACAUGGAGAAAAUCUGGAAGCACAUCUAUGACAAAGCAUUGGGAGUGAGAUCCUUUGAGAGAGCCCUGUUGAUGACUGAACCUCCUUUGAAUCCCCAAGAAAAUCGAGCCAAGCUCACUCAGUUGAUGUUUGAACGUUUCAAGGUACCAGCCUUCUAUCUUUCUAUCCAAGCUAUACUAUCUCUCUAUGCCUCGGCACGAUAUACUGGACUUGUGAUGGACAGUGGCUUUGGAGUGAGCCAUGCAGUGCCGGUAUAUGAAGGCUAUUGCCUGCCCCAUGCUGUCUCCAAACUGAGCAUUGGUGGCAAAGAUGUCACUGAGUUCCUACGGAAAUUGCUUCAGGAAAGCGGGCAGUACUACAGGAGCUUUCCGGCAGCAAACAAUGCUGUGGAAGAUAUCAAAGUGAGGUUGUGUUUUGUGUCCCUGGAUUGCUACCCUGAUCAUAACAAGAUGCCGGUGGAACUCCCAAAGGAGUAUAAACUACCCGACGGUCAUAAAAUCAGCAUCGGGGAUGCUCUCUUUUUAGCACCUGAAAUCCUUUUUUCACCAAACAACAUUGGCAAAAGUGGACAAGGCCUGGAUAAGAUGAUCACCAGGAGCAUUCGAAAAUGUGACUCUAGCAUCCGCCAGAUGCUCUACAAGAAUGUGCUGCUUUCCGGGGGUUCCUCUCUCUUCCCAGGAUUUGAUGAGAGGAUCUUCAAGGGUGCCCCUUUGCCGCUGCCUCCCCAUUUGCCUCUCUGCCCCUUUGCCGCUGCCACCUGUCUCGGCUCGGCCCCCAGCAAGUCAGGUGUACCGGUGGAGCAGCAGCAAGUGGAGAGGCAAGCGGAAAGAAUGUCUCACCCCAGAGCACCAACCCUCCCGGCUGUCAUUAUUGACAAUGGAUCAGGGCUGUGUAAAGCUGGGAUAUCGGGUGAGCAGGAACCCCGUGCCAUUGUUGCUACUGUGAUUGGCUACCCAAAGUCUAAAUCCAUUAUGUUUGGGCCUGUUCAGAGGGAAUAUUUUGUUGGCAAAGAAGCUCAAGCCAAGAGGGGCAUCUUGUCUUUCAAAUACCCUGUGGAACAUGGGAUGGUCACAUCCUGGGAUGAUAUGGAGAAGAUCUGGAGACACAUCUAUAGGCAUGAGCUCAGGAUGAGGGCCAGGGACAGACCCGUGCUGCUGACAGAGGCUCCGUUCAACCCUGCCCCCAACCGAGAAAAAAUGACAGAGAUUAUGUUCGAGCGUUUCCGGGUGCCGGCCAUGUUUGUGGGCCUGCAGGCUUUGUUGGCUCUCUACGCCUCGGCUCGCACGACGGGCUUAGUCCUAGAUAGUGGGGAUGGGGUCACCUUGACAGUCCCUGUCUAUAAGGGCCAUUGUUUGCUUCACGGCAUUUCUAGGAUGAAUUUUGCAGGCCGGGAUAUGACGAAGUAUUUAGCAACUCUUCUCUUGGAGACUGGGCAUAUCUUUUCAAGUUCGGCCGAGAAGGAGAUAGUGAGGAACAUCAAGGAGAGCAUGUGCUAUGUUGCUUUGGACCCUAGCCAGGAGAAAGGGUCAGUCCAUCAGUACAUGCUCCCCGAUGGAAAUCCUGUCAAGAUGGGUGACCAGCUUUUCAAAACUCCGGAGUCCCUUUUCAGCCCCUCUGAUGCAGGAGUUCCAUCACCAGGCAUCCACAAGAUGAUCUUGGACAGCAUUUCCAAAUGCAGCGGAAGCAUCCAACAGGAUAUCUGGAGCAAUGUGUUUAUGGCAGGUGGGUCCACUCUCUUUCCUGGUCUCAGCGACAGACUUCUCAAGGAGCUCCAGGCCCUAGCACCCAAGGGCAUGCCAGUAAAAGUCACAGCGCCAGAGGACAGGAUGUAUUCUGUCUGGAUCGGAGCAUCAGUACUCACCAGUUUGGCUUCAUUUCAGAACAUGUGGGUGACCCGGCAGGAGUACAAGGAGGUCGGUCCAACUGUGUUGCAGAAAAAAUGCUUCUGA